GACAGACAGGCCGACCUGCGCAUCCACGCCUACGUCGAUGAUGUCAUGACAAAGCUGAUGAAGCACUUGGGGCUGGAGGUCCCAGAGUGGACAGGGCCGGUGGUGGUGGAAAGCGCUGAGCUCCCCAAACCCGAACAGCUCUGCAGAUUUGACGCCGGAGGUCGUGGGGAGCUGAAGGAGGAGCCCCUCUCCCAGCACAACGGCACAGGGGGGCCAUGCCCUGACCUUGGGACCAUGCUGGUGGAGCAUGGUGACAGUCUGAAGCAGGAGUGUCCCAGCCCAGACACGGGGCCAACGACGGUGAAGAAGAUGAAGGUGGAGCCUCUCCUCACCUGA